UGCCGCAUAAAAGUGACGGUGCGGCAUAUUACCCCAUUUAUUUUUUUCAUGUGACAGAUCCUAAUGUGGUGUGUUUUUCUGCUUAUUUCAGAUUAACACAAUGCCACGUGCUUAUAUUCGAAGAAAUGUAAGAGUUCAAUGGUCAGAAGAAGACCUUCGGAAUGCAGUAUCUGAUAUUCAUGGAGGUAAAGGAUCGGUUCGAGAAAUAAGUCGUACUUAUGAUGUUCCAGUUAGAACCUUAAGGAGAAGAAUGCGGUCGGGAAACUUAAAUAAAGUGGCAUUAGGUCGCAAAAGCUUACUCAGUAUGGUACAAGAAACAAGUUUAGUCAAAUAUAUACAAAACAUGGCAUCGCACGGCUUUGCUUUAUCUGCUCAUGAUAUAAAAAAGCUUUCAUAUUCUUUUGCGAUCCAACAAAAUAUUCCACAUAAUUUUAAUACCGAACGAAAAAGGGCAGGUCAAGAUUGGUUUCUCGCCUUCAUGAGACGACAUCCUGAACUGGCAGUACGUAAGGCUCAAAGAAUGUCUACUGCCAGAGCCAAAGGCAUGACGAGACAAGAAUGUACCCAAUAUUUCGAACUACUAGGAAACGUUUUGAGAGAAAAUAAUUUAUUAAAUAAGCCUCAAAACAUUUUUAGUCUCGAUGAAACUGGAUUGCAGUUAAAUAAUAAUCCAGGCAAAGUUGUGGUAACUAAAGGCACUAAAAUGGUAAACUGUAUCACGAGUGCAGAAAAGGGAGAAACUAUUUCCGUUAUAACGUGUGUAAACGCAGAAGGCAGUUUUUUCCCACCCUGCUGUAUAUUCAAAGGUAAAAACAAAAAAAAGAAAUUUGAAGAUGGUCUACCACCUGGAGGAAAGGUUGUUAUGGGCGAGAAGUCAGCUUAUGACCAAGUGGCUAUAGACGAAAACAACAUGCCAGAAACAAUUUGCGCAAAACGAGCAAAGGAAGAAGUAAAAAGAACAAAAUUAAAACAAAAAGAAGAACGGAAAAAAACGCAAAGUAUUGUUGAGCAUAGGAACAAAACGGUAGUUCCAAAAAAGAAAACUAAAAAAUCACCAAGCCCGAAUUCGUCAGACACCGAAACCGAGGUAGUAACCCAAGAAAGCGACGAUUCAGAAAUCGAUACUGAUGAGUCAGAAUUUUGUGCAGCAUGUCAUGGGUAUUUUUACGAUAAAAAAGGUCCCAAAUGCGACUGGCUCCAAUGCGUAACAUGUUUGAAAUGGGUCCAUGAAAUAUGUACGCAAUCUGACAAAUUUUGCGAAGAGUGUACGCCGUUAUCCGAAAUAGCUACCAAGACAAAAUCACAUUAA